GGUUCGUCUUUGGGAAGUGAGCUCCGGCUCUGAUGUCUUGAUGGCAUAAAGAACGGUUCGUUGGUGGCAUUGGAUAAACAUCAAAAUCGAAACAAACAGAUGAGGAUUUUUCUGACUGGGACCGCUUCCGUGAGAUAUGAAUAAUGUGACGGGUUGUGGAAGAUGAAAGUGGUUUCCAUAAAUAAUGCACGUGUUCGGCAGGAAUCCUAACAAAGCGCAUUUUUAUUUGGAUUGAAUGUUUGUUGGUUAAACGAAUGAGGGGAUAUUAUUAAUGUACCCAAGGCGUGAGAAAUCUGGAAAUAAACCGUGCUGCCGGUCGGAGGACAGGUGUUGAAGAAUGUGUUCAAUAAAUUUAACGUUUGUUUUGGCUACGAUCAGAAGGAAAGAAGGAACCAUGCGUCAGUGAAUCAGAAUCGAAGCAUAAAGCGAACCGACGAGAUUUCAGUUGUUUGUUUGGUUAGUGGUUUGCAUUUUCCGGCUUGUUAAGCGGGAAAGCGUGGCAUGAAAUAUGACGGUGCGAAAAGACAACUCGCGAAAAUUGUGAUAUUAUGGUCGUCGUUACGUGAAAAAAACAUUCGAGACGUACCAUCGCAUAAUGACCGCCAAUUAAAAUAGUUUCCGAUUUGUGUAAACAAUCAGCAAGUGAAGUGUAAAUCUUGCUCAAAUUGCGCAUCGCAUCUUGUGCUUCAAAAUGAACUGGAACGAUACCUUUGCCAGUGACAAUGGAAGUGAACUUUACACAAUGGAUAGCAUUGAAUCGGCACCGACGACGGUUACAACUCUGAUGGCUCCUGUAAUGUCACCCCCGAUCGCAGGGCUUACCUUCCCUUCGGAUCUGUUGACUCUCAUCCGGCAGACGGCAACAGGAUCCGCGUCGUCCAAUCUGUCCUAUUUGCUGAGCAACAUCACCCGAGCCCUGACAUCGCCUUCGAAUGAGUUUAAUUUAUCACGACGCUUUCCCCUCCAUCCGUUUUUCCCGUUGUACAACGACACGGGGUUUGAUUCGUGUCCGUCCAUUCAGAUGCCCAUUGGAAAUCUGAUCUCGAUGAUUCUGUACGCCAUUGUGGCCCUAAUUGGACUGUUCGGAAACACGCUCGUCAUCUAUGUGGUGCUGCGUUUCUCCAAGAUGCAAACCGUUACCAACAUGUACAUCCUAAAUCUGGCCAUCGCGGACCAGUGCUUCCUAAUUGGGAUACCAUUUCUCAUCAUUACGAUGCACCUGGGCGAGUGGACGUUCGGCAAUACCAUGUGCAAAGCAUACAUGGUGUCGACAUCGAUAACACAGUUUACCUCGUCGAUAUUUCUUUUCAUCAUGUCUGCGGACCGCUACAUUGCCGUGUGCCAUCCCAUCUCGUCGCCACGAUUUCGCACGCCUCUGGUAUCGAAGAUUGUUUCAUUUUUUGCAUGGACAACCUCCGCCCUGAUAAUGCUACCAGUGAUGCUGUACGCCAACACGGUUCACCGAGAUAAGGGUAAAAUAUCCUGCAACAUUGUUUGGCCGUCAGAAAACGCCAGCAAUUCAGGCACGACCUUCACAUUGUACUCACUUAUCCUGGGCUUUGCGAUUCCCCUUUCGCUCAUCCUAAUGUUCUAUUAUCUAGUGAUUCGUAAGCUACGCACAGUUGGCCCCAAGAGCAAGUCCAAGGAAAAGAAACGCUCCCAUCGGAAGGUAACCAAACUGGUGCUCACCGUCAUCACGGUUUACGUUCUCUGCUGGUUACCCUAUUGGAUCUCCCAGGUGGCAUUAAUUAAUUCUCCUCCGGAUAUUUGCAAAUCCCGUCUGGAAAUUACCGUCUUCGUCCUAGUCAGCUGCCUUGGUUACUCCAACUCGGCCAUGAACCCAAUUCUUUACGCUUUUCUCUCGGAUAAUUUCAAGAAAAGCUUCCUCAAGGCCUGCACUUGCGCCAAGGGUAAGGAUAUAAACGCCCAACUGCAGAUAGAGAACAGCUUCUUUCCUCGCUUCGCGCGAAACAGAGGCUCGGAAAGGGGCGCCUCUACGAAAAUUCUCAACCCCUGCCGACAAAAGGUGGGCGAUCAAACUCAUCCCAACGAUACCGUCAAUAAUAAUAAUAACAUCAACAAUGCAACCGUCGAUAAUGGAAGCAGUCGGAGCUGCGGACCAGGCGGCCCCUUCAGCAAUACCAACACGAAUGGAAACAACACAACAACGACCAUGACUACCACGACGACGGGUGGAGGUGGAAACUCAAGCUCGAAUGCGGCUCAAAUUUCCAGCAAAAUUCUCGACGCUAGCACCAGACCCCCCGUGCUGCACACGGAUCUGUAAGGCUUUGCGGUACUCCAGUUUCCGAAACUCACAAAAUCAGGCUGUGUCUGCCGCAUGUCUCCAAGAGAAACCGAGGAUUCCAUGCCACCCACAAAAGUACUGGUCGCCGCAGGUCAUCACAGCACACCGAUAUGCAGAUAUCAACUCCAAGAUGAUGAUAAACAACUCGUGGUAGAGAUGUAUCGAAAUGUAAUAUUUGUAUCAGACCCUCUAGGGAACUAAUCAACUUUCAUUUCUUGGUCACAAAUAAACAAAUGCCUAGGAAUAGAUAGAAAACAGCUUCCCGGAGUAUGUAUCAGAGAUGUUUGUACAAAAUGAAAAUUGGUCGGAAGCAGUGGCAGGCGACUAUAAUGGGAUUAGCUUUGAAAAUCUCAUGCAAGAAAAGUUUGUAGAAUAAUUGAAAGGAUCGUGUUGGGAUCUGUAUUAAAUAUGCCGAAUGUUUUGUAAACAGAGAACAAGUUGAAAAAAAAUGUGAAAAUAUGAAAACGAUGGAGAAAGUGGAUGAUGCUAAUUAGGAUGGAAACGGUUGAGUACCGAAAAUAAUUAAGCUUAGCAAAAGGAAUAGGUCCACACUUAACGGAGCCCUUUCUAGCGUCCUUUUUCUUUUGCUGCGGAACGAUGAUGCGGCCCAGUGUGAAGUACGUUGAUAAUGAUGAACGAAUGAAUGCGAAAAAUAGAAUUACCUACAUGGUAGCUUUAAGUUCUGUGAAUACUACUUGUUAGGAAUUUUAAAAUGAUACAUACUAGAAAUAUAGUUUUCUCGCAGUACACACACAACAAGAACAUGAAGUGAUAACUUUAAUAAAUUUACUAUUUUGAAUCGUA